GCCAUUUUUAAAACUGUUUAUUUAGCAACUAUUCGGAUUUGUUUGUGAAGAGGUUAUAAUACAUCACAUUAAGCAAUUGCUAUUGCGUAUUUUCCAGUGCAUCUUCCCAUCACUUUCCUUAUUGCCAACAAGUCCAUUGUGGUGGUGCUGGGUUUUGGGAAUGGGAGUGUCAAAUCCACUCUAAUUGCUCAGUGUGAUUUUGCCUGUACGUGACUGAAUCCAACCUGCAAAAGAGCAAAGCUCUGGAAGAAUCCCAAGACAUCCUACUCAAAUGAAGGCAAUCUGCCCAGAGAAGCAGCCUUCAUUAUCAGGGACCACAAAUGUAAAUUAGUUCCAUAUGCGAAUAUGCAUCCAAAUGCAAAAGUCAUGUCUUCAACCAAAGCAUUACUUUUAACACAUUUAGAUGUGUGUUCUACUCCAUAUCCAAAAGGGAAAGCACAUUUAAAUGUGCAUCAGAGCGUUUGUUCCAGUGAAAGCAACAGGCUUCCUCAUUCAAAUAUGCAUCCUAUUUACAUUACAUUACAGUCCCCAAUAAGUACACAGAAGUCUGCUUCCACAUGCAGAUUGCAUUCUCUGGAUCUGGGCAACAGCAUAAAAUUUUGGAAAGUCACAUAGAGAUAAUGAAUUCACUUUGGCAUAUCUGGGGUUUAGCAGUGUGCUGAAGUUUCUCAUAGGUCUCAAGUGCUCAUUUAGCACAUGCAGCCUCCACAGAAACAUCAGGCCUAGGCCAAUCAUCUGGCAGACCAGAGAGAAACUUUGGGAGAACUGUGGGAGCAGUCAAAUUCUGCGGAGAGCAAGAAUAUGAAUCAUACUUUUUUGGAGUGGGGUGCUGGCUUUCACACUUUGUGCUGAGACUGCAACCUGAAGCAAACAUGCCAAGAAAUAUUUCCUGUUAAACUCAGUAGGACUGACUUCUGAAUUAUGGAGCUGGAAGUCUAGUUCAACUCUAUGCCAUAAGAAAUGCACAACAAUAUCCCUGAGGGGUUACCAUCCUGCCUCUGCAUGUUUAGGAUUAGGCCGUAAAGCAUACAGUUGGUCUUCACAUUGGCCAAAGGGGUGGGAACCCUGGACUUAAUCUUGAGUGGUGCCCAGAAUCUUGUGUGAGAGGCAAGUCUUGUCGAGCCAUUUGGGAGCAGUGACUGGACUGCUUUUAAACUGAAAAUACAGGUAAAUAGCCAAUUGUCCAGAAAAUUCAAUACAGUCACAUUUGCCUUCAAAAGAGACUUCCCCAACAAUAGGGGAUUGGUAAAAAGGAAGCUGAAAGGCAAAGUCAGAAGGGUUGAAUCACUCCAAAAUGUUUGGGCGUUGUAUAAAGACACAAUAUCAAGCGCAACUGGACUGUAUAUUGCAGAUCGGUAAAGAUACUACAGUGGUACCUCGGGUUACAUACACUUCAGGUUACAUACGCUUCAGGUUACAGACUCCGCCAACCCAGAAAUAGUGCUUCAGGUUAAGAACUUUGCUUCAGGAUGAGAACACAAAUCGUGCUCCGGCGGCGUGGCGGCAGCAGGAGGCCUCAUUAGCUAAAGGGGUGCUUCAGGUUAAGAACAGUUUCAAGUUAAGAACAGACCUCCAUAAUGAAUUAAGUACUUAAUCUGAGGUACCACUGUACAAGGGCCAAGUAUAUGCUGAUGUGGCUAAUCAGCAAUCAAAGCAGCUUUCAGAGGCAACAAUGCUUCCUUCAAAAUAUGGUAGUUUUGCCCAUUUGAGAAAGAUGAACACAAACUUUCUUUUGGGGGGAGACAGGGCACAGGUAGACAGUAAGGUAUGCAAAAAAAGAAUUUGAGCACAUUGCUGGAAACAUUAAGACCAACAAGAAGUUUCUUAAAUACAGUAGUUGCAGAAGGCCCUGGCUAGGGAAGCAGCUGGACCCUUGGAAGACAAGGGAGUCAAAGGUGUGUAAAGGAGGAGAAGGGGAUUGCAGAGCAGCUGAAUGAAUUCUUUGCACUCAGAUCCUGCUUGCAUGCUUCGCACAGGAAUCUGGUUGGCCACUGUGAGUUGAGUACAAGUUGUCAGAAUACAAGUUGCCAUUGGCCUCCAUCUGAUCAUUUCUGAUGCGGAAAAAGACAGUAAGGUUGGAUCCAGGCUUAGUCUGCAAUCCAACACCUCUUCACAUUCAGAAAGGUGUGAAUUGGUUGCUGAGGCUUCCUCUGCCAACCUUGCUGGCCCCUGUCUGAAGUGACACCAUUGUAAUUCCACAAGCACAGGACUCCCCAUUUCGCAUGACUAACACUGCAGUUGCCAAAGCAGGACAUUGCUGGGGGUGAGGGAGAGAUAAGUCAGUCUAGAACACCUGGACCCCAAGAUGUCCCUACCGCUGUCACUUGACAGUGUGCCCCAAUCACUGCAAGAGCUCCAAGCUAUUCCUCACCCUCCACCCGAAAAUGAGCAACAGGGCUGUAGAAACAUUGGGGAUUCCACUGCUUUGUCAGCCCUGCUGCUGCCCGGAUAGAGUGAACACGCUUUGUUAGUCAUGCUUAGAAUGGACUUGUUGAAAUCAAUGACAUUACUCUUAGGCAUGAUUUAAGUCUGGCUCCAACGCAGUGUUUGAAUCAGCAAUAUACUGAUAAUAAACAUGAAUACAUUCUGCAUAAUUCAGGAACUACAUAACUGCUUUACUUCUCAGCAUGUGAUUAUUUGGAGAAUCAAAAAGGCAAACACAUGCAUGUGUAAACCAGAUACAGGAGGAAGGAAAUCUCGUGCAAACAUGCUUUUUGAACUGAUGCCUGAAAGUGGCUAUCAUAUUGAAUAGAGGCGGCUAUGGAGGGAUGGUGCCUGAGUUUGAGAGUGUUCUGAUGUUUGUUUCUUUAAAACAUAUAUUUGUUUGGCUAUGCAAUAUUACAAGUAUUUAAGAAUCUAUUUAUUUUUUAAAAUAUUAUGACAAAGCAAAUGACAAAUUGCUAUUUCAAUAGUUUAUAGAUGCUUUCAAUCUUAAUAGAUUGAACAAACUGAACAAACGUUACUAUAAAUGUAAUACGGUUAUAUUUUGUACAAAAGGGAGAAACCAAAUCCUAACAAAUACUGUACAUUCUAGCUUAAAAUAAAUCUUCUACUCAUAAGUGUUCCUGUCCUGCAUUGUACAUUUAAUCCUCUAAACUGUAUUAAAAGCACAAGCUUUACCAUGCAUCAUAAUACAGACCACAGGCUACUCAGCAUGUGAACCUUGGGCAUUUCCCCAUGAUUUAAGUAUUUUAAAUGUAAACAUUAAUACGUGCAAUACUGUGUCAUCUUUGGGGAAAGAGUAAUUCAUUACAUAAAACAGAAAAGGAGUAUCUGCUUAUCUCUUCCCGCAAUGAAAGGGCACUGCUCCAUUCUAAUCGGGGCACUGCUCUCUCCCUGUCAUGGAGGGAAGGGAGGCCAUAUCUGGCCUGUAGCGGACAUGCUCUGUAUUCUCUCCAGGCUGCUUGAGUGCACAACUCUUGUUGCAGGCAGCACAGAUUCCAGCUCACUGAGAUGUGUUACAUUAAUCCUAACAAACAAGAAGAAGCCAAGUCAAAUCUGUUACAUUGGCUUGAACUGUUGACAACAGCAUCUUCCUGUCUGCAAACUAAGUGCCAUACGUGAAUUAUUCACUCCAAAUAAUUCAAACCCCAAGUGUUUAAAAGUCUUGGAUGAAGCCCAAAACACAAUCAGAUUAAGGAUAAAUCAGUGAGUUUGAAGAGGAAAAAUGGUUUUGGAACAGUUUUAAUUUCCAUUCUGAUUGUUUAAUAUUUGGAACAGUUCAUUAACUUUUUCAAGCAUUCUCUAUGCAACACUAGCUCUCAUGAAAGUUCAUGUUCUCAGAAAACCAGUCUGUUACAAUGACUGAGUUAUUUUGCAGGGGAGGGGAAAGUUGAGUUUGACAUUUUAUGCUCAAUGGGCCUACAUCUGUGGAUGCUCCUUUUUCUUGACAAAACCCCCCAAAAAGGAUAUUUGUCUUCCUCUUCUAAUGAGGAUAGCUUAAAAUCACAAAAGUUUGGGCCCAGAUUUAUCUUGAUUUUGAACGCUGCCUGCAUACCGUACUUUCAAUGCUUGUAUCAAUAAAAUCAGAGCUAGCUAAACCGAUCACUCAAAACAAAAAUUAAAGUCAAACACAAAUCCUAUAAUUUCAUGUUGCAGUGGGGAUGAUUUCUCCGGUACAGCAAAAAAGAUAGAACAUUUUCCAAAGCCUCCAGCUAAAGAAAUACAUGCAUCCCUAUGUAAACAACGCUCUUCCCCUUUGAAAUCCCACUCACCCCCUUCUUCCAACACCUGCAACAUGUAACAUUGAAAAACAGCACAAAAGGGGGAAGCAUGUGUAGGAAAUGCAAAAACAAAUCCCUAAAACCCUGAGGGCCAUUCAAGCAAAAUUACAAAAUCAUCCCGUUUAUUUCUGCUAGAUAUUGGUCAGCAUGUGCUCACACUGAAGACAACGACCCAAAAGCAAUUUAAGGUGCUUUAUCUUUGUCUAGAUUGUGCCCCUCAAGUCAGGAGACCAAGAAAGGUUUUUCUUCACUGGUAUCUCAGAACGCUAAAAACUAUUUUUGCUCUAGUCUAAGCGAACGGCUGCUUAAACAAUAACAUCAAGACAAAACGAAGCGCGCAAGACAAUGAAACCCGUUCUGCUGCCGCGGAUGCUGCGCCGUUGCUGCUACAAGCCUCCGCCUGCGGCAACGGCCUGCUGUCUAGCAGCUCCCAGCAUUAGCACGUCUCUUGGCGGGGGUUGGACUAGAUGACCCCUGGGAGUCCCUUCCGACUCCGCGGUCCUAACCCCGAUACGGCCCGCAGAGCUUGAUCGCAGGAGAGUUAGCUGGGAUUCCCAGAGGGCUUUGCGGCCGCGGCGUACAGACCCAGCGAGGGCCGCCGGUCGCUAGACAACGGCUUCCAUAGAGAUAAUUAUACACGGAGGCUGGCGCGCGCGCGUGGCCGCGCGGUUUCCCCCCUCCGGUCUCGCGAGAGCGAACGUUCGCCGCCGCCUGCCUGCCCGCCCUGCUGUCGACGGCGAGCCGGGAUGGAGGAGGGCGACGGCUGCGAGGAGAGCCUGUUCUCGCUGGAGCUGCUGGUGGAGUCGGCGCGCGUGGAGCCGCGGCUGCUGCCGACGCCCAUGCCGGCCAGCAGGCCCUUCCGCCCGGCGGUGGCGCUGCGGCUGCUGGACUUCCCCACCCUCCUGGUGCGCGCCCCGCACUCGGUGCCGGGCCCGCUGGUGCCCUUCGGCCGGGGCAAGUCGUGCCUCUUCCGGCUGCGGCCGGGCGCCCUCAAGGGUCUCCUGAGGCGCUCCCCGCUCUACGCGCUGCUGCUGGCGCUGCCGCCGGGACAAGGCCCCGCCCGCCUGCUGGGCACCUCCAGCGUCUCCCUGGCGGCCGCCGCCGAGGAGCUGCUGCUGGAGAGCGGCCCCGGGGGGCGAAGGGGGCAGUUUCCGCUGAGGGACCUGAUGGGGGAGCCGGUGGGAGAACUGGGCCUCAGCUACCGCCUGAGCAACUUGGGGCCCUGCCUGCUUGGGCACUUGGGGCAGGGGGCGGCCCCCGGGGAGCCCCACAUCGAGGAGCGGCACAGAUCACCGCCUCGUCCGCCCAGCGUCCACAGCGACAGAGGGGUCAACCUGGAGCUCAUCCCAGAGGGAGAAGAAGACCAGCAGGACCCUGCCCCGGAAGGUGGCAGCACGGAGUCCUUAAACAGCACCCUUACCGAAGAACAACCCCCCAGCCUUGCUGUGCAGAAUGCAGCCCAAGAGUUGGAGAUUUUGACCAACGUCUUCUGCCCCCCGCCAAUGUACUAUAGUCGCCCGGCUGAAAAUCCUUGCUCCACGCCAAAAGCUGCGGCGUCAGGGAUGGUGACGGUGGCUGCACCUCGCGAACCUUUUCCAGAAGAAGAAAUCGUCUUUCCCUCUGCAGAGCCUCUUAAGGAGGAGCCUUCAAGUAGCGUCCCAGAGCCUGCCUUGGCCUCUCCAGCGCUUAGUAGCCAUGAUCAGCUCAGACAAACCUUGAGCCAGCUGCCUCUGCUGAAUGCUUUGUUGGUGGAACUGUCCCUGCUGAGCAACCAGUCACUGCAGCCAGGGCCGUCUACUGUGCAUCCUCAGUUAGCAUGGCUAUACCAAAAUGUAGCAGAUGGUACAAAAGCCCCGCCCUCAAGUGUCAAGAGUCUAUGCCCCUUCCGGGAAUAUAAAAAACCCUCUCCUAAUCAUAAAGAGAGAGGAAGGUCUGCUAGCCCAAAGUUAAAAAGAAAUCGCCCAGAUCAUUUAAAAUGCAUGUAUCCCUCCAUGCACGUUACAAGCACUGGUAAAGGAUUCACAAAAAUGGAAAGAAGUGGCAAUCUUGAGAAAAACAAUACUAAGGAAAACUCUUCCCCUAAACGAAGGCUUACAUAUGGGCUAACAAAUACUCUAAAACUUCGUUUGCUGCGCUCCAAUCCAGUCAUGUUGAAAGUGCAUGAAAAAAGGGAACAUCGUAGAAAAAAGCAAGGAGACUUCACCACUGAAAGGAAAGGCAAAAGCUCUUCAAAUAAAGGGAAACUAUUGCGGAGCUCUCCCGAGCGCCAUUCAAAGUCUUCUGUACAAUUUGAUGAAAAAAGCAUCUCUGAAGAAAAUGCUCAAAUAAAUGAAAAUGUUGAGACUCUAAUACAAAGCAGUACUGACCAAGAUUACUCUGCCACCAUAAAGGGACUAACCUGUGAUCUCAAAAAAAAAGUUGCAGCCCGCCGUGUAAAGAGUCAUGAAAAUGCAAAACACAAGGGCUUUCCUGAAAGUAUUGGCUCUUCUUAUAAAGAAAAGAGUUUGAAAGUCCAUUUGCCGAGAGUCUGUUUGCAGGAUACUAAUGCCCUUGAUAGUAAAAUUGAUACAGAAGAAGAAAAAUGUGUACUGAAAAAUAAUUGGGAUGCUUCAAGCCUUCGUAAUGAUAGCCAGAGCAACAAUUUUGAAAGCAGCUAUGGACUUAAGAAUUCAUGUGAUGUGGUUCUUGGCUCUGAAAAUGCAGCCUAUUCAGAAGAUUUCACCAAUGUUGACAGUUCAGGCACAGCCUUAGAAGCUCAAGAGAUCAGCUCUGAACCCUUGCUAAUAAACCCAAAUCAAAGCCAGUCUGUUAUGGACUCGGAUUCUAAAAUGUCUGAAAGAAGUAUGACUGCUGAAAGCAUUUCACCCCCCGUUCCAGUUCCCUCAGAUACAUCUCCUAUCCAAUCUCUUAAAAAGACCUAUUAUUCAAAAUCUAAUGAAAAAGCCACAGGUGUUGCUCUUAAUCAAUUUGAUCAUGAUUCUCCUUCUGCAAGAGUUUCAAAGGUCGAACUUGAAGCUCAGCGGGCCAACAAGAAAGGGAGCAAAGAUAUGCAGACCUUGGGAGAGGAACAAGUUCUCUCUGAGAUAAAUAAUAGUGUAGAAAAAGGUGAAUCAUCUAUGGAAAAGAGCCAGUCAAUAAGGACAUCUCAAGUUAGCUCUUACUUGCCUUCCAGUGUGUCUGAUGUUGAUCUUAGUGGGUUAGAAGAAAGCAAUCCAUCUGAAAAAGAAAAAGAUGAUAAUUUUGAAAUGGUGGAUAUUACUAAUCAAUAUAGACACAUCAGUGAAUUAGUAGUAAACAAGCUUCCAGGAUACACAAUGUAAUUACCAAUAAUAAUGACCAGAUCAAAGUGAAAAUGUCUUUAUUUUUAUAUGCUAAGUUUGCAAGUAUUAUGACUGUCUUUCACAAAUGCAGUUUUUAUUUUAUAAGCGAUGGAUAUAUAAAAUGUACCAUGGGUAUUUUUAGGUGAGCCAUCCAGAGUAUGCAUGAUUAACUCUGCAACUGUUUGGAUUUUAGGCUAGUGCUCUUGCACACACGUACACACUGGUGAGCUGCUUUUGAAACUCAAACAAGUUUCAAAAACUUUUGGGAGAAGACUGCCAUUCAAAUAUACAUUUUUGUGUUUCCAAUGAGUAUUUGGGUGCAUGCAGAAUUCCUAUCUGACUGAUGGCCGGUGUCUCCCAUUUUUAGCAGUUUCCUUUCAUUGCAAGUAGAUACAGGGAUCCUUGAUUUGUAUCAAGACUGUUGCAUGGGGUAAAGAAUUGACACUCCCUACCCCACUUCAUUUUAGAAAAAUACAAGGCUACGGAAACUAAUGUGUCCAGUUUGGACCUAAGUUUAUGAAGUGGAAUGGCAUUGCUGCCAUGUGACACAUUUGGCCUCUGCCACGCUAGCGCAAAUAUUAUUUUGAAAGAGAAUUUGGGCUUUUAUGCCAAAAGGCAGAUCUAACAUGUAGCAAUGGCUGCACUCAACAAUUCAUCCUCUGAAAUAAAUUCAGUCUGAUCAAUGCUGAGCAAGUCAGUAAUAUGAAUAAGUCAAAAAUGCUUUUUGAUAUUGUUUUACUGCAGCACCACUUGAAUGCCAUGUGAUUGUGCAGUGGUUCUACCAUCCUAGCUAAUGUCCAAUAAGUGUUCAGUGAUCAAAACAAUUUGUAUACAAGUCCUCAGACAUACUUUCAAUUCAAAUAGAACAGUCUAAUUCUUAAAUUAAUUUCAGAAGGGGGAAACAGUUAAAAUGAGAUGAACAGGAGCACUCUCACAUUUAUUUUUACCUGACAUAUGAGAGACAAGGAACUUGCAAACUGGCUGUUUAUUGUGCAGUCACACUGAUAGGGUUGCAUGGAACUUGUGUGGAGGCUAUAUGAUGCCACCAGUUUAUUGAGAAUUCAUCCUGAUAUGUUAGCGCAGUGCUUAUAUAACAUUGCCAGCUUGUGAUUGUUAUCUUGCAUUUUCCAGGGCAAUUUCCCUCACUUUUAUUGGACUUUUUGCAGUGAGAAAAGUAACACAAUAAUUACACUAGAAAGUGUGGGAUAAGAACUAACUUUGCACAGAUAAAUAGCCUGUUUGGAAGCACGCUGGGUGUCAUACAUCAGCGGUACUGAUUUUUUUAAGGGUGGGGUAUAAAUGGCUUAAGUAAAUAAUACUAGUAAGACCAAGUUCAUGUAAGUUUUAGAGUAGAUGUUUUUUGUCCCAAUUAAGAGCCAAGUCCUGUUUCUGUUAUAGUGCAAGUUCAUAUUGUGGCUGCCCCUAAAAUCCUGUCAGAUCUUAAUUCAGAAAUGCAGAGGAUCUUAUUCUACUGCCUGCCAAGUGUACCUGAAAGGCCAUAUUUAAGAGUUUCCCACUCUUUUGUGUGAAAGUACCAUAAAGAACCCUUGAUAAGCACUGGAUUGAGAUCAAGAAUGAAACAAGAUUAUGUGCUGGGGUUCCAUAGGAUUGGGCUCUUAGUGCAUCAGUACCAGAAGUGAGUGUCAUGUCGUUAUAGACAAAUGCUACUUUAGCUUCAUUAGCAUAAACAUUGCAUUCAAAAUGUCAGAAGUAACGGUACAGUAUACUGAGACUUUCGGGUAUAGGGCGGUAUAGAAAUAAAAUAAAUAAUAAUAAAUACAGUAGUAUAUAGUAGAAGGUUCGAUUCGAUUCAGUGUUCUAUUUUAGAGUACUAUAGGACAAUUUGAAGUGAAUCAGGACCAGAAAGGAGAAACAAAUGCAGAAUUUACAGGGUGUGUUUAGGACAAACGGGGUUUGGGACACCAUAGAACAAAAAUAUAGAAAAAACAAAUGAAACUCAACUGCAGGAAGGAAGAUGUCAUUUAAGUUGGAGAGGGGGCAAAUUAAAUUGAGGGUGUCAUGGGAGACAGCAUUCUCAAACUAUACAUAGUAAGUUUCCAUGAAUGAUGAAAAAAGCUCAUGCUCUCAAUAAUAAUAUAGACCAAAUACAGAUGUUUUGAAUGGCUCUGCUCGCUCUUGUCACUGGAAGAGGAAUAAUCCAGAAAAGCCAAUGUACUAAAAAGUGAGGCAGUUUUUCUGUGAGUGCAUGCGCAGGAGGGAAGGGAGGAAUAUUGACUUCAUAAGAACACACAAAUUGCAGCUUUGACAUCUCUGCCUUUUCAGAGAAACCUACCUCUCACUUGAGAAAUCUAGCCAGAGGCAAGUUGUGGCCUCCCCUGUAUCAGAUUUUUUUUCAGAAUAUAAUUGUUUGAAUUUAUAAUUUAAAGCUUCAGCCCUAUUCAUUUAUAAUUUAAGGAUUCCAUCCUAUUUAGGCAGGCAUAUGUACUUGUGAACUAAGACUUCACUUUUCUAUCUUUGCAUCAUUUCAGAAUAGUUCUGGAGCUGCCCAGUCACAAAGAGGAGACUAGGCCACACACAAACUUCAACGUACUCAACCAGCCCUUUGUGUUGGAGCUUCAUAUUUAUAGAUUUAUAGAAUCCUGCCUUAGAGCAGUGGCUUGAUUUGGAAAAGUUCUGCGGUUCCCUUUUGCCCUUCUCUUUUUUCAAAUGUUCCUGUCCAAUUAAUUCCUCAUUUUCUGCUAUUGUGAUCUGAAAGUUUAUUGGUUACAACUCACUCAGAUGCUGAGAUGUUUCCACAGGAUGUUAAUCUCGUUUCACCAAGACAGCAGUUCAUAUAAUAAUAUUCUGAAUAUAUUUAGUGUUAAGUUGCAUUUUAUUAAUGUGUUAUUAAAUAAAACAGUAUUUUUAUUCUCAAUCUUUUACCCAAGAUUGAAAAAUUCUAAUUUCUUUAAUUGCAUUUUUCCUAGUUUCAAAAUGUAAUGAUAAAAUGAAAUGUAUUUUCUUUUUUAUACAAUAUUUGUUACUGUCUUGGAUUGGGUUCAUUCAGAGAAACAAUUAAAAUAAUUUGCAGUUGGUUCUG